CCAUCCCCCCAAAGCCAAAGCUUUUUUACACCCACCCACCACUACCACCACCACCACCCACUUACAGCAGCGAGCUCGACUCGCAUAACUUAUAUAUCCCGCCACCCACACACCCACCUCAUUCAGUUUCCUUCGACUCCUUUACGCCCACUCUAGACAACAACCCCAUAACCACUCGGAACCGCACUCACGAUACCUGAGCCGGUUCUUGAACUCGACGGUAAUCAAGUCGACCACUACCGCAAAAGAAGCAAAGAAGCACAUCUCUACUGCGCGCCGAGACGCCCAGCUCUGGAUCAUCAGGGCCAAUGGGUGAUCACAUGCAACAGACACAGUCGUCUCCUUUCAACUUUUCAAGUCUACUCAACCCCGACAAGACGGACAACAUGAUCUCGGGCGACGCCAUGGAAACUACGAGGCUGGGCCAGCUCAACGAGCUGAAGCCCAAGGGCCCUCUACCCGGCCAGACCGCCGAGAACCCCAACGAGCUGCCUCGUCCCUACAAGUGCCCCUUGUGCGACAAGGCCUUUCACCGCCUUGAGCACCAGACGAGACACAUCCGCACCCACACGGGAGAAAAGCCUCACGCUUGCCAGUACCCUGGAUGCAGCAAGAAGUUCUCCCGCUCCGACGAGCUCACCCGUCACUCGAGAAUACAUAGCAACCCCAACUCGAGACGGGGCAAGAACCAGUACAACUCGGGUCCGCAGUCGCACAUGCCCCAGGACGGCAUGAUGGCCCCUCCCCCGGCGCCCAAGACGAUUCGAUCUGCCCCGACCUCCAGCUUGUCUUCUCCCAACGUCUCGCCUCCGCACUCCUUCUCGACCUACGUCCUACCCGCUCAGCAAGGCCACGGCAGCCCCUUUGGACGCCAGUUCCAGAGCAACUCGAACAUGGACAUCUCCAUCUUGGCAAAGGCCGCCAACCAGGUCGAGCGCGAGACCCUAACCGCGCCGCCUUUUCACGGAUCUUCCGGCGCCAGGCAUCACCCCUACUACUCCCACAGCCUGCACAACUCGCGCGGUCACCUCCCUUCUCUCUCUGCCUACCACAUGUCGAGAUCGCAUUCCAACGACGAGCACAACGAUGACCACUACUCUGGCUCUCGUCACGCAAAGCGGUCUCGUCCCAACUCGCCCAACUCCACGGCACCCUCCUCUCCUACCUUUUCCCACGACUCUUUGUCGCCUACCCCGGACCACACUCCCAUCGCCACUCCCGCCCACUCCCCGAGACUGCGGCCCAUGGGCUACGAGCUGCCCUCUCUUCGCAACCUUUCGCUGCAGCACGCAGCCCCCCCAGCUCUGGCCCCCCUCGAGCCUCACCUUGAGACCCCCUACCUGCCGCCGGCCCCGGCCCCCACCAGUGCUGGCACCCCCGCCCGCAGCGGUACUUCCUUGACAGACAUCAUUAGCCGGCCUGACGCCAGCAGGAAACUGCCUGUACCCAAGAUUGGCGUUCACCAGCUCCUCGAUGGAAGCGACGGUUUCCAAAGCGGCAGGAGUUCUACCAACGGCAGUAUCGCUGGCGGUGACCUCAUGGACCGGAUGUAACGGAAACGGACCCUCGAAGUGGCUACGACUUUACGACAUGGGCGAUAGACGGGAUAGAACGGCGUUUUCGGGUAUUUCGAAUUGACAAGAGUUGGCCGACGACGACUUCUUUGCUUAAUCAGGCACAAAAAACCAACACAAACAACGUCAAAGAAUCGAUGGGAUUCCCUCGCCCUCCCACUGCGGCGGCGGCCAAACUCGGAACUUAUAGACUCCUACUUGGAUGGAUGAACAACCAGAGAUUGGAUUCACGACUCCCCUCCCCACCAACGAAAAGCAAACUUUUUUUUUUCUUUUUUUCCCUUUUCCUCUGUCUUUUUUCUCGAUGGGUUUUCUCUUGCGUGAGGGGCAAUGGAUUUUGAAAGAGUGAUAGUGAGCGUGGUAUAUGUGUGUGUGUGUGUGAG